UAUGUGUGUGUGUGUGUGUGUGUGUGUGUAUUCGCUAACCCCCAUUAAAAGAGAUGGAUACUAUUAACUACUAAUCAAUGAGAUGAAUCUCCGAUUCAGGAAUCAGAAAUGCUAAACCUUCUGUCCCAAGUUAUUGUGGUCUUUCUCUGAAAAGAACCAGGUACACCAUCUACGUAGUUCUUGGUCAUGGGUUCUCCCUCAAAAUACCAAGAACUUCAUACACUAGUGGAAAGUGGAAAGAUUGAAGAUAGAAUAAGCCGUUUGCCAGAUGGAAUCCUCUUCCACAUUCUAUCCUUUCUUUCCACCAAGUAUGCAGUGGGAACUAGUGUUCUAUCAACCCGAUGGAAGUACCUUUGGACCUUUACUCCCAAUCUUGAAUUUGAUGAUACAAUGUUGUUUACUACAGAAGAGUCUAACGAACACACAAUAGAAAUGUGCUUCAUGAAUUUUGUGGACCGGGUGUUGAAUCUUCACAACAUGUCUUAUAUAACAAAAUUCAGCCUUAAUUGUUGUCGGGACUAUGAUUUGUCUAUUGUUGAGGCAUGGCUUUCUACUGCAAUUAAGAAGAAUGUUCAGGAGCUCAAUCUCCUAUUGUUUAGGAAUAGCCCCAUCGACUUACCUCGAAGCCUUUAUACAUGUGACUCACUCAAGGUCCUUAAGCUAACUCAGGAUAUCACUUUUGAUGUUCCUUCAGAUGCCCAUCUUCCAAAUCUCAGGGUAGUACAUUUAAAGUCAGUUCUAUUUCAUGAUGGGAACUCUACACAACGGCUAAUUUCUGGAUGUCCUGUUCUUGAAGAUUUAGUUAUAGAUAAAUCUGGAAUUGAUGAUAUAGAGGUUUUCAAUAUAUGUUCUCCUACAUUGAAGAGUUUAACAAUUUCUUGUUGCCUAGAAAACUUAAAAGAUGAUUGCAAAUGCACUUUUCUGGUUGAAGCCCCAGCCCUUGAAUAUUUUGAGCUCGAAGAUAUUGAAUUGAACCAGUAUAGUUUGACAAAUUUAUGUAGCCUAGUCAAAGCAAAAGUUGAUGUUUUGUUUGGCGGAGAGAGAGCUUUUGAGAUACUUCAAGGAAUCUUCAUGGUGAAAUGCUUAUCAUUGUCUUAUUUUAUGGUGCAGGUAAGUAUACUCUUUUCUAGUUGGUAAUUACCAGAAAGAAAAAAAAAUAUGCUCUUUUUUCUUGACAUUCUUUGUUUCUAUUGACACUUCAACAAUUGAAACUUCUCACAAUUGCAAAACUUUUGUUACUUGUGCAGACUCUCUAUGAAUCCAAUAAGGAUUUUCCCAUUUUUCGGAACUUGAUCUACAUGGAUUUGGCGGAUGAGAAUUAUGUCUGGCAAUUGUCACAACUGUCUCAGCCUCCUGAA